AUGGGUGUUGUUCUUAAAAAACCCUCGUCAUCUGAUUCCGUUCUCACAUCAACACCCUCAACAACAUCACCCACUUUUAGGCAAUCCAUAAAUUCUUUUUUGAGUCUUGACUAUGAUUUCUGUCGUCGCACUUACUGGCUAUGUUCCGAAUGCGGAAAUCCGAGAACUGGUUAUA